AUGGCGACCACUCUGUCGUCAAACCCUUCUGCCUCAACCUCCAGUUCUGAACUCUCGAAACCACCUCUGCCGGAAGAUGCAUACGAGAAGCAGCAAUCCGGAGUUCACGCCUCAUCUCGACAGAACUCCGGCUCCGGACAAUCGGUCCACGCCGAGAAAGACGUCCUCGACGCAGGCCAAGAUGUCCAUGUCGACGGCGCCGAACUGGGUCGCGAAAUAUCUCGCAUCGACACCUCCGACUAUCCCAGCGCUUUCCCCCUUGCCAUGAUUGUGGUUGCCCUGGCGUGUAGCAUUUUCCUUGUUGCCCUGGACAUGACCAUCGUUGCGACCGCCAUUCCUCGGAUCACGGAUCAGUUUCACUCGCUAGAUCAAGUGGGCUGGUAUGGUUCUGGGUUUUUCUUGACCAUUGGCUCUUUCCAGGCGACAUGGGGAAAGCUGUACAAGUACUUCCCACUCAAGAUCUCUUUCUUGACCAGCAUCUUCAUCUUCGAGUUGGGUAGUCUGAUCUGUGCCGUUGCCAACAACUCGACCACGUUGAUUGUGGGCCGCGCCAUUGCCGGCAUGGGAGGAGCGGGCAUCGCUUCGGGGUCAUACACCAUUAUCGCCUUCUCGGCUCCUCCAGCACGACGUCCUGCGUUUACCGGAAUCAUGGGCGCGACCUUUGGCGUUGCCUCUGUCAUAGGGCCUCUCUUGGGAGGUGUAUUCACCGAUCAUCUUUCCUGGCGAUGGUGCUUCUAUAUUAAUCUCCCUAUCGGCGGUGUUGCUGGGGCAAUCAUCUUCCUAUGCUUCCGUACACCAAAAGCGGCCAAACCCCAGCAGGCUUCAAUGCGAGAAAAGCUCCUACAGAUGGACUUCCCCGGCACUUUUACCCUCAUGGCGGCCAUUGUCUGCUACCUAUUGGCAAUGCAAUGGGGCGGCGCCACGAAACCCUGGUCCGACGGCAGCGUCAUCGCUGUCCUAGUCCUCUUCGGUGUUCUUAUCCUUGUCUUCAUCGCCAUUGAAUUCGUUUCCGGAGACCGCGCACUACUCCAGCCUCGACUACUGAAGGAUCGGACGAUUGGCGCCAUGUCAGCAUACAUCUUCACCGUGGCUGGCGCAUUUUUCAUCCUACUGUACUACCUGCCCAUCUACUUCCAGGUCACCAAGGAUAUCUCUGCCUCGAAAUCAGGCAUCGACAACCUGCCGCUUGUCCUUGGCGCCAGCAUCUUCACAGUCGCUAGUGGUGGCUUGUUGACAGUAUGGGGACAAUACGUCCCUCUGAUGGCGUUCGGGUCGAUCCUGGCCUCCGUCGGUGCUGGGCUUAUCUACACCCUGGAAAUCGACUCGGGCUCCGACAAAUGGAUCGGCUAUCAAGCCCUGGUCGGCAUCGGUCUGGGCCUCAUCUUCCAAAUCCCCGUCAUCGUCAGCCAAGCGAUCGUCAAACCAUCCGAUCUCAGCUCCGUCUCUGCCAUCAUCCUCUUCUUCCAGACCAUCGGCGGCGCCGUCUUCAUCAGCGCCGCACAAGCCGGCUUCGCGAACAAGCUCCUCCAUCAACUCCCCAGCAAAGCCCCGACAGUAGAUGCUGGCAAGGUGCUGGCGACUGGCGCCACUGACCUGAGAACGGUGUUCACACCGGCUCAAAUCCCCGGCAUCCUCGACGCCUACAUGGAAGGUCUAAGAGUACCGUUCAUCAUCGCUAUCGCCUGCGCGUGUCUUACCUUCCUCAUCGCCUUUGCGCCUCGGUGGGAGAGCAUCAAGGGGAAAGUGAAGUUGGACGCCGGUGCUUGA